AUGGUUGCCGGUCAAGCAAACGAAUUAACUGAAGAUGAAGCUGAACUUUACGAUCGUCAAAUACGUUUGUGGGGUCUCGAAUCACAAAAAAGGCUUAGAAAUUCACGGAUUCUUAUUAUCGGAGUAAAAGGUUUCGGUGCGGAAAUAGCAAAAAAUAUAAUUUUAUCAGGUGUGAAAUCGGUUGUUUUAUUAGAUGAUGGAGUACUCACUGAAGAAGAUACCUGUUCACAAUUUUUGGCGCCAGUUGAACUUGUUGGAUCAUCGAGAGCUGAAGCAUCAUUGAUGAGAGCUCAAGCACUUAAUCCUAUGGUCAACAUAACAGCUGACACGAGUCGAAUUCAAGAAAAAAAUGAAAAUUUUUUUAAAAAUUUUGAUGUCGUCAUAGCGACUGAAUGCACAUUAUCAGAAUUGAAAAGAAUCAAUCAAAUAUGUAGAGGAAAUAAUAUUAAAUUUUUUUGCGGUGAUGUUUACGGAAUGUUUGGCUACAUAUUUGCAGAUCUUCAAGUUCAUCAAUAUGUCGAAGAAGUGACAAAAUUACCAAGUGGAAAGGGAGAUGGGAAAAAAAAAUUAGAACCAGUUAAGAUAACAGUUAAAGAUACUGCAAAUUUUGUUUCAUUGUCGAAAGCAUUAGGGGUGGAUUGGUCGAAACCUGAAAAUGCUAAAAAAUUGACAAAAAUGGAUUAUUCAUAUUUCUUAAUGAGAGUGCUGUUAGAAUUUAGGACCAAGUAUAAUAGAAAACCAGAUCCGAAAAAUCGAAUGGCCGAUAUUGAUACAUUGAGCUCUCUUAGUAAAACUGUUUUAACAAGUCUUCAAGUUCCACAGGAUAAAAUACCGACAACAGUAUUCAGUAACGUUUUUGCUGAAAUCAGUCCAGUUUGUGCUAUAGUCGGAGGAGUUGUCAGUCAAGAAAUAGUUAAAGCAGUUUCACAAAGAGAAGCUCCCCAUAAUAAUUUUUUCUUUUUCAAUCCAGAUAAUUUUUGUGGAUUCGUCGAAACUCAUUCGAGCAGCGAUUAA